CUCCAAGGCUCUGAGGUCUGAGCAUCCGGGCUUGACUCGGGGCCCGUAGCAGCGAUCCUAGGAUACGAGGGCCAUUUUCUUCUGUACGGAGGUCAAAUUCUCGAGAAGCUGAGUCCAUCCUGUCUAGCCGCCUGCCCAAAAGGCGGCGCAGGCCGUGCUCUCCGCGCCCACCUCGCUAGGAAGCUCCAGAGAGCCGGCACGCCGCUGCUCUCGGAUGCAGAAAGCCCGCUUUCUCCAACCCGCUGGGGAGAUUUCUAGCUAGUCAUCUGGCAGAGGCAUCUGAGGGCAGGAGUCGUGCCAGGCGUGCCGCAUAAACCAUUGGAGAGCACCCCCGUCGGACCGCCUGUCCCGGACCAGAACCGAGACUCGGCGUCGCACACUCCCCCGGGGGGGGGACCGGCGCAGUCACGCGCGCACCACACUUGGGCUCACACGCGCACACACCUGCGCUCCGCCCCUUGGUCCCCGACCGGCGGCGGGUGAAGGCAUUUGGGAACCCAGGGGCGGCGGCGCCCCCUCCCCUGAUCUCUCCCCUUCCCAGGGCCGGAGUUGUCCGGAACCUGCCGCCUCUCCCAACUAGCUCACAUCCUUCUCCAUCCUUCCCUCCCCCCGCCUGCCGCGGCACCGGUAUCCGCAGCCGCAGCCCGGAGCCGGUGAGGCGGCGAAGCGGGGAGGGGGAGGAAGCGAGGGAUGAGAACCGGGAGGGCGUCGGGGGCCUUGAGCCGGACUAGGACGCCCCUGGAGCCGGGACCCGAGCCGAAGCCGGAGCCGGAACUGAACCACCGGAGGGCCAGCUGAGCCCCCUCCACCCCAGAAGGCACCCUGGCCCUCGCUCGACCCCCUGGGCCUCAUGUCGGAACCACAGCCUGACCUGGAGCCACCCCAGCAUGAGCUGUACAUGCUCUUCCUGCUUGUGUUGGUCUUCUUCCUCAUGGGACUGGUAGGCUUCAUGAUCUGCCACGUGCUCAAGAAGAAGGGCUACCGCUGCCGCACCUCCAGGGGCUCAGAGCCUGACGACACCCAGCUCCAGCUCCCUGAGGAAGAUGACAUGAAUGAAGACACAGUAGAGAGGAUUGUUCGCUGCAUCAUCCAAAAUGAAGCCAAUGCUGAGGCCUUGAAGGAGAUGCUGGGGGACAGUGAAGGAGAAGGGACAGUGCAGCUGUCUAGGUUCCGGGUGACACACAUCGAAAAGCGCCAUGGGCUGCAUGAGCAUCGUGAUGGCUCCCCCACAGAAAGGAGCUGGGGCUCUGGUUGGGGGCAGGACCCAGGAAGCAGUCAGGGAUCUGGGGGAGGGCAGCCCGGGGCAGGGAUGCCUGCCAGAGAGAGGCUGCCCCCUGAGGGGCUACAGCCCCAGGCCCUAGCCAGCCCCCCAGUGCAGAAUGGAGGACUCAGGGACAAGAGUCUAGUCCCUUGUGCACUUGAGGGGAACUCUGGAGCCUCUGCAGAGCUGGCGCUGGGGGCUGGAAAGAGAAGCCCAGGCCCAGGGCUGCCCAGUCAAGAGGAAAAUGAACAGCCAACCAAACUGAAUGCCUCAGAUCACCAGGUAUCCCCACCAUGGGGAGCAGGGGUUAUAUGAGGUGAGUCUGACUGGGCCCUGAAGCAGGGAAUCUCAUCUUCCUAUCCCCUACUCAAGACUCUCUGCUCCCCAAGCCCCAAGAGUAAACAGCUGUGGUUUUAGCUUUUGCUUCAUAUUCCUUGGUUUGGUGGUGGGGAGUGGGCAUGUGCUCCCGGGGAGGGGUAUAUUCUGGAACCUGGAAAUGAGGGAGGGUCCUGCAACUGCUUGGGAAAAGUGGGACAGAGCUUGAUUAAGAAGCAACAUUGUUACCUUCCCUCUCCUCCAAGCCUCAUUCUUCACUGCUGCUGCAGGGACUUCCAGCUGGCAGAGCCAGGGGUAGUGGGUGGGCAUGAAGUGCCUCCCAUCCACCGGACAGCACUGCCCCAAACUGAGGGACCAGCCCUACUCUCACCUGGAGUUGCCAGUCUCAGGGUGGGGGACUUCAAGAGAAGUCCUUCCCCACCUCACCCCCAAGUUUCCUUCCCUUCUCCUGCCUGCCAACAGGCUGUCUGACCCGCCUCCCCCACCUCUGCUCCAUAUGCUCGAGCGCUGGCAGAUGGGAGCAGGCCCCGCCCUUGGUGGGCCCCUAAAGCAAUAGCACCUUAGGCCCCCUGCCCUCUUGGCACAAGAGGUCCAGGCCCCAGCUUGGGCUUCUUGCCCUUUAUUCACUGUCAAUAAAUCCGCUCAGACCAUUACAGCUACUUUUGCAUCCUGGCUCCAGCUCCUUCUGACCCCCAAAGCCUGCCCGUCUUGGCCCCAGCCCCAGUGGCCCUGGCAUCCAGGGUGUGCAGUGGGGCCCAGAGCUAGGAUGGAGAAGCAGAUGGGCCGAAGCCACUCAAGACUUUGGAGAGGUGGGUUCCAGCCCCAGAGAUUUCAGGAUGGGGUAGAGGGGAUUCCAGCCCUAGAGAUGGGAUAGUGGUAGAAUAGAAAGGGGUAGUUCUAGCCCUAGAGAUGGCAAGAGGAGAAUAGGGGAAAGGGAGGGGUUC